AUGACCAAGUCCAACUCUAUUGACGGGACAGUAAAAGCCAUCCAGGGUUGCCGAUUCAUCUCUGGGAUCAAACUGCUCCGGUUUGGAAUCCUCUUCCGUGAAUCUGUGUUUGACGACCAAGUGAUCCCAGCCCUGCUUGACAGUCGUAAAUUUAUCGCUGCAUCGGAGCUGCGAGCAACACAGGGGUGGCUCAAGCUCGUUUGUCCACCCAUGGAAAUCUGUCAAGUGUCUCUGGACAUGCACACGUUCAAAUGCUAG